UUUGUGGUUCUGGGUUUAUAAAAUGAAAUAAAUUUUAGGUUUCUAGGUUCGUUCACUAUCAAUCUUCCAUUUUUUUUAUUAAUCCUGAUUUGCUUCAUUCUUGGAUCUUUAUGGAGGUUAACUAUUAAGGAUGGCCUCUUGGUGUUUCUCUCUCUUUCUGUUCUCCUCUCUCUCUUAUACCAGCUAUCGAAUACGAUCUUUCUGUAUCAUCUAUUUUCUUGUCCUUAACCUAGCAAAGAUAAUGGAGUUAUCUAUGUAAAACAUUGUUAUUUGACAUCACCGAAUUUGGCAUCUUUGAAAGUGUUCCCUUUUCCUUUUUGGUUGUCGAUUAUUAUAGUUCAAUGUAAAUUUGGCUGUAUUUAGACAGUCGGAUUUUUUUAAAUUCUUUUUAGGCUUGUUAAAUUUCGUUUGUUGGAGAUAUGUCAAUCAUCGUAAUGUCCUGCACCUAAUAUAUAUAUCUCCUCUUUCUGCAGUUAUGCUUUCAGCGAACUUCCGUGCCCCCACAAUGGAUUUCGGAUCAACGGGGAAGUCUCACACAAACAAAAAUGGAAUUCAUUAUCACAGUCAUCAAUGGUGGCAGAAAAUUUAAACGGAUGCUUCGAUUGCAAUAUUUGCUUAGACUCGUCUCAUGACCCUGUCGUCACACUCUGUGGCCACCUCUACUGUUGGCCAUGCAUAUACAAAUGGCUCCAAGUUCAAAAAUCCUCAUCCGAAACCGACAAAAGACCAAAAUGCCCUGUUUGUAAAUCACACAUAUCGACCUCGUCACUUGUUCCUUUAUACGGCCGAGGUAUGUCCGAUUCUGAAGGCAAGAAACCUCAAUUCGAUUUGGCCAUACCCCACCGACCACCUGCACUCGGUGUGAACGCCUUGCUGGCUUCUUCUGACUUGAACCAGCGAAAUAAUCGAAGCCCGUUACAGUUCCAGCCGCAAAAUCGAGAAUUUCAUCAAGAGCAGUACUUUUCUCAUCCGUUUGGUGGCAUUACGUCGACCAGUUUGUCGAGUCCUACGGUGAUUAUGGUCGGUGAAAUGGUGUUUGCUACAAUAUUUGGGAGUUCGGACACGAGUUUGUUUGCUCACCGGUAUUCGAAUUCGAAUUCUUACACAGUUUAUGGAAACGACAGCCCCAGGUCAAGGUGGCUAGAAAAUGAGGCGCAUACUUCGCUCAACAGAAGGUGCAUCUUCCUCUUCUGCUGUCUUGUUUUGUGCCUUGUUCUGUUUUAGAUUUUAUUUUUCGGUUUGUCUCCAUUGUUGGAUAGCUAUGUACAGAUUUGUGAGACUAUGCUGAAAAGCGGUAGGAAUGAAUGUAGAGUAGGUAUGUAUAUCGUAUAUGUAGUUUUCGAAGAACUCUUUUUUCUUACAGAUCAAUGAUUCCUUCGGGAUACGAGGUUUUUCGCCUGUGCGUGGUGAAAUGUAUUGUAUUAUUGGAACAAUGGAAUCUUUAUUAUAUUUCGAAAUUGUUCUUUAACAAUGUAAUAUUAUUAAUCAGCAUAUACUUACUUCACUGGUAAA